AGUUAUUAAAAUAAAGAAAAAACUGUUGUGGGUUCCUUUCCAAUCAGUGCUUUCACUAUCCACUUUCUACAUUCAUGCAGUAAACUGUUUUCCUUUUUCCAUUUUCUCAUAUUCAGGCCCUCUUCUUCUUAGUAUUUACACAUUAAAUUAAUUAAUUUCCACACCCCUCUCCCUCCCCACUAUAAUACCCACCCCUUUCUCCCCACUACUCCAUUCUGUAACUCCCACAAAUAUCCAUCCCUUCUUUGCUUUUUCCCUUUCGCCAUUUCUUUUGAAGAGAAUAAUGGUUUCUUUUUCGAGGCUGACGACAAGUAGUGCUGCUUCCCUCUUAUGCCUUGUUUGGCUGCUCACCAUUUCAUCUCCGGCAUCAGCUUCCUUCACUUGCACCUCCGCAGCUACUUGCGACGCCAUUAUUGACUAUACCUUACCCAACUCCACUACCUUUAACGCCCUCAAGAAGCUCUUCCAAGUCAAGAACCUUCGUUCCCUCCUCGGCGUCAACAACCUCCCCAUGACUACCCCUGCUGAUCAGAAACUCCCGGCCAAUCAAACCAUCAAAAUCCCCUUUCCUUGCCUCUGUAGAAACGGUACCGGAAUAGCCAACAAGCGACCCACUUACACCGUCAUCCCCGACGACUUCCUCUCCCACAUAGUCACCGACAUCUUUGCUGGUUUAUUCACUGUUCAGGAACUCCAGACGGUUAACAACAUAUCCAACCCGAAUUUGAUACAGCCCGGGGAUAAACUGUGGAUCCCAUUGCCUUGCAGCUGCGACGACGUUGGCGGCGAAAAGGUUGUUCAUUAUGGUCGAUUGGUGGCCACUGGAAACACCAUAGAGGGCAUUGCUCAGCGGUACAAUGUCUCCCAGGACACCCUUUUGAGGCUGAAUCGUUUGGCAAGUCCUAAAGAACUUUUAGCUGGCUCUGUUCUUGACAUUCCGCUUAAAGCUUGCCAAUCAACAGUGAGCAACACCUCACUGGACUAUCCAUUGCUAGUACCAAAUGACACAUACGUAUUCACUGCUGCCAAUUGUGUAACGUGCAAGUGUGAUUCUGCAAACAACUGGACCUUGCAAUGCCAGCCAUCCCAGAUAAAGUCAUCUCUUUGGAAGACAUGCCCCUCUAUGCAGUGCCAAGGUUUAGAUAACUUCUACAUUGGGAAUGUCACAUCUUCAGAUUGUAAUUCCACAGCUUGCACUUACGCUGGUUACAGCAACCAGACCAUUUUUACCACAAGCACUCAGUUAACUUGCCCUGCCGCUGACAAUAACUCUUCCGGAAUGAGGCCAGGGACAGAGAGUUGGAAUAUCAUCCUUGUUGCUAUCCAUCUGGUGUUUCUAUCUGCAUUGUAUCUGAGAUAACUCGUUAAGUCUGUAAAAGGGUGCAGUUUUUUAGCUUUAUAGUAGCAGCCAGCAUUUAUUUAUGGUGGUGGAGAAAUCUUCAGUUCAUCCACGAAAUAACAUGAUUGAGACAACCUUUCUUCUUCUGUCAUUUUGUCAGUCUACCAGAUUCUAACUAGUAUUAAGUUCGUCAUUUCUUUUUGUUGAA